AUGGACCAUGUAAAUGGCUCUACAGUAACUGAAUUUGUCUUGCUGGGACUUGCACAAUCCUUGGGAUUGCAGCUUUUCCUUUUUCUCUUCUUAUUACUAUUCUUUCUGGCAGUUAUCCUAGCAAAUCUUUUCAUUGUAUUCACAGUUAUCUUUGAUCCUCAGUUACACUCACCCAUGUAUAUUCUGCUGGCCAACCUAUCGCUCAUUGACUUGGGUCUUUCAUCUACCACAAUUCCUAGGACGAUCUCUGAUAUUUUCACAGAUUGUAAAGUCAUUUCCUUCCAUAAUUGCAUGAUACAAAUGUUCUUUAUUCAUGUCAUGGGAGGAGUUGAGAUGGUACUGCUCCUAGUCAUGGCAUAUGACAGAUACACAGCAAUUUGCAAGCCUCUUCACUAUCUAACUAUUAUGAAUCCCAAAAUGUGUGUGACAUUGGUAGCAGCUGCUUGGAUCACUGGAAUAAUUCAUGCUAUGUCUCAGUUCCUUUUCAUCAUAAACCUAUCCUUCUGUGGCCCUAAUAAUUUGGGAAGCUUUUAUUGUGAUUUCCCCAGAGUUAUCAAACUUGCAUGCAUGGACACUGACAGACUAGAAUUCGUGGUCACUGCCAACAGUGGCUUCAUAUCACUAGCAACCUUUAUUCUCUUAAUUGUAUCAUAUAUCUUUAUUCUGGUCACUGUCAAACAACAUUCUUCAAAUGAUUUAUCCAGAGCAUUUUUCACUUUGUCUGCUCACAUCAUUGUGGUGGUUUUGUUCUUUGCUCCCUGUAUGGUCCUCUAUGUUUGGCCUUUCCCUACUAAGUCAUUAGAUAAGUUUUUUGCCAUUGUGGACUUCGUUGUCACUCCUGUCUUAAAUCCCACCAUCUAUACAUUAAGGAACAAAGACAUGAAAUUGGCAAUUAGAAGGCUUAGUCAACAAGUUUUUAAUUCUAUGGAGAUGACCUAA